AGCGCCGCGGCCAACACAACCUUUGGACCCCCAACCACCCCCCACCAUUUCGACAAUAUCUGCGCUGUUGGAGAGAUAAUGGCUCGUGUUUUGGUUGGUGUAAAGCGUGUGAUCGACUAUGCCGUUAAGGUACGCGUCAAGCCGGAGAAAACCGGCGUCGUGACGCAGGGAGUGAAACACUCGAUGAAUCCCUUCGAUGAGAUUGCCGUCGAGGAGGCAGUCAAGCUGAAGGAGAAGAAAUUGGCCAGUGAGAUAAUUGCCGUCUCUGUCGGUCCCACACAAUCGCAGGAGGUGAUCCGCACAGCUUUGGCCAUGGGUGCAGAUCGUGGUGUGCAUGUCGAGGUGUCGGCAGAGGAAUAUGAGCUGUUGCAGCCGGUGCAUGUGUCCAAGAUACUGGCGAAGCUGGCACUGGAUGAGAAGGCGGAUCUGGUGAUACUGGGCAAACAGGCCAUCGAUGAUGAUGCUAAUCAGACGGCACAGAUGACAGCCGCUGUUUUGGACUGGCCCCAAGGCACUUUCUGCAACAAGGUGGAGAAGACGGAUGCGGGAUUGACUGUGGUCCGUGAAAUCGAUGGUGGACUGGAGACCAUCAAGACCAAAUUGCCAGCGGUGCUGAGUGCGGAUUUACGCUUGAAUACGCCACGUUAUGCCACCUUGCCCAACAUCAUGAAGGCCAAGAAGAAGCCAUUGAAGAAGGUGUCACCCAAGGAUCUGGGCGUUGAUACCACGCCCCGUAUUGAGAUCAUUUCCGUGGUGGAUCCGCCUGUGCGUCAAGCUGGCGCCGCCGUUGCCGAUGUGGAUGCUCUGGUGGCCAAACUCAAAUCCGGUGGUCACAUCUAAGAUGUCCAAGUCCAAGUUGAGCAUUGUAAAUUAAUAUAUGUACACAUUUAUAAAACAAUGUUGAUUAUCAGAAACGUGCAUUUAACUAAAGAUUGGUCGCUAGUGCUAUAGAUAUAAGUCAAAUUAAAUGUCGUUUUCAAGUAGAGAUCGUGUCAAGCUUUUUAAGAAUAAAUUCAAUUUGAUCUAAGCACAAAAAA